AUGUCUGGGAUCUUGUUUGAAGAUAUGUUCAAUGUCGACAGCGUCGACAACGCUAGAUAUAAUAAGGUCCUGCGUAUAGAGGGCCAGUCGUCGACCUCCCAAGACAUCAAGAUCACCUUGGACAUCAACUCGGAGUUGUUUCCAGUCAAGGAAAACGACUCGUUGACCAUUACCUUGGCUGCCACUUUGGGUAAUGAGAGCUCUAUGUUGACAUCCAACGGCUCCUGGAGACCUCCUAAGAAGGGCGAAAGAUCGUUGGCUGACGACUACGAUUACGUCAUGUAUGGUACUAUCUAUAAGUUCGAGGAAAGCUCUGACAAUGACAAGAUGGCGGUGUAUAUUUCAUUUGGAGGUUUGUUGAUGCGUUUGGAGGGUGGCUACCGUUCUUUGUCUAACUUGAAGCAGGAGAACGCCUACAUUUUGAUCCGUCACUACAAGGACAAUUAG